GACUUCUCUGAGUUUCUCAGAGUCUCACCCGCAUACACACACGUUCAGUUUCCAAACACAAUCGACUUUAAAUUUGAAUUUGAAUUUGAAUUUGAAUUUGGAUUUGGAUUUGGAUUUCGAUUCACUGUGAUGCCUUACACGGUACGAGAGAACCUCUCGAUCGGCAACAUCGGCGACGCGGCCGGGAUUCUUCAAAACGACACCGUUCACAGUGUCACGCACAUUCUCUCCGUCCUCAGCUCUGCCUCCAUCUCCUUCUUCACUGAAUGGCGUCCCAGUAUCUCCAUCCCUGCCAAGGAAAUCACCAAAGUCCAUGUGGCGGACGCCGGUGCUAGUGCCGCCAAAUCGGCGCUCGCGCCGGAUAAGCUUCUUUACUCGCUCGAGUACGCCGGUCGUGACUUGAAGCUCGUGAGGAUGGCCGUGCCUCUCCGAGACACCGAGAACGAGAACUUGUUGGAUUACCUGGAAGUUUGCAUCGAUUUCAUUGAUCGCGGUCGGAAGGAAGGUUCCGUUCUCGUCCACUGUUUCGCCGGAGUUUCCAGAAGUGCGGCGGUUAUUACGGCUUAUUUGAUGAGAACCGAACGUCUAUCUGUAGAAGAUGCCCUUGAAUCGUUGAGGCAGAGCUGUGAAAAUGUUUGUCCCAACGAUGGUUUUCUAGAGCAGUUGAAACUGUUUGAGGGGAUGGGUUUCAAGGUUGAUCACUCCAGCCCUAUAUACAAGCGCUUUCGUCUAAAAGUACUAGGUGAAAAUCAUUUAUCAGGGUUGAGGAUAGACAGUUCUAAAUUUGGUGCAGAUCCUGGCAUGCCUGUCGAAAUUUCUUCAGGGACAGAAGAAACCACUAAAGUAGAAAAUAACCGGAGACCUACAUAUCGCUGUAGGAAAUGCCGACGACUUGUUGCAUUGCGCGAACAUGUCAUAGAUCAUGUUCCUGGUGAGGGUGAGACAGCCUUUGGGUGGAACAAACGAAGAGGUGGUAACCCUUUCAACAAAUCUAAAGAAUCUGACUGUUCAUCCAUAUUUAUUGAGCCUCUACGGUGGAUGAAAGCUGUUGAGGAAGGUGCAUUGGAGGGAAAGCUGUCCUGUGCUCAUUGUGACGCUCGUUUGGGAUACUUCACUUGGGCAGGCAUACAAUGCAGCUGCGGAAGCUGGAUAACCCCAGCAUUUCAACUCCACAAAAGCCGGAUAGACAUAAGCCCCAUGUAACCCUUCUUUCUCCACUUUAUGCAUAUCCUCAUUCCUCAGUAAGGGAUGCACCCUAUAUUUUUGUCGUUGUUCUUGGACUUGUGCUCUGCCUCAAGCUUUCGAAGUUGGUCCACUGCCAAUGAAGUAAUGGAAGGAAGGAUUGAAGUCUUGUUCAAGUAUUCCAGGUAAAACCAAUGCUGUUAUGAAAGGGAGGAUUAUAGUGUUACACUCUUGUGCUUCUUCCAGAAUGGCGUUUGGAGCUACGAUUAGAGAUUAAAAAAUUAGGGGUUUUAGAAAAUGGAGAGGCAUGAUUUGGGUUUUCAAAUAUUGGGAUUUGUUCCUUCAAUGAUUUUACCAUAAGCAAACAUGUUUUUCUGCGAACGAUUUUACCAUUGUACUUUUCUUUUCUUAUGCAAAUUUUUUUCUUGAGGUGUGAAGAAACUGGCUACAAGUUGAAAUACAUACGCAAAAACCCCAAUGCUGAUAUAUUAUUUCUAGUC